AUGUCGCCCAAUAACACUGUGCAGGACGCUGCUCAGUGUGCUUCUCUCACCGAUCCGGAGCAGUUCUGGGACAAACAUGCAAAGCAGCUCCACUGGCAUAAACCAUACAGCUCUGUCCUACAGCGAAAGACCAAGAGGUUAAAGGAUGGCACGACACAUCCUCACUGGUCAUGGUUCCCGGACGGCGAGAUCAGCACCACCUAUAACUGCGUAGACCGGCAUGUCCACGCCGGCAAUGGAGACAAGGUCGCCAUGAUAUGGGAUAGUCCCGUCAGCGGAUCGAAAGAGAAGUACACCUACAACCAGAUGCUGGAGGAGGUGGAGGUCCUGGCGGGCGUCCUACGGGAGGAGGGCGUGAGGAAAGGCGACGUCGUUUUGAUCUACAUGCCCAUGAUCCCCGCCGCCAUCUUCGGAAUGCUCGCUGCAGUCCGCCUGGGGGCAAUGCAUGCGGUUGUCUUUGGAGGAUUUGCCGCCGCCAGUCUGGCCCAACGCAUCGAUGCCGCCAAACCAAAGGUCAUCCUCACCGCUAGCUGUGCCAUUGAAGGCGCCAAAGGGCCUCUGGAGUACAGGCCGUUUAUCGAAGGAGCUGUUGAGAGAAGUGAGUGGAAGCCCAGCAAGACCAUCAUCUGGCAACGGGACGUCAAGAGGUGGGAUCCUGUCCUCAAGGAUGCGGGCCAGAGAAACUGGCAGCGGUUGGUCAAGAGUGCUCGAAAUAGAGGUGUACGUGCCGAGGCUGUGCCGGUGAAAAGCACCGAUGGCUUGUACAUCAUCUAUACCAGCGGCACGACGGGUCUGCCGAAGGGGGUUCUACGCGAAGCUGGCGGUCAUGCCGUCGGGCUUCAUCUCAGCAUCAGAUAUCUCUUCGACGUCAAGGGACCAGGCGAUGUGAUUUUCACCGGCAGUGAUAUUGGCUGGGUCGUGGGUCACUCGUACAUUGUCUACGCACCUUUACUGGCCGGCGCAACGACCGUUUUAUAUGAGGGCAAGCCGAUUGGCACGCCCGAUGCCGGUACCUUCUGGCGCUUGGUCGACGAAUACAAAGUCACAUCCUUGUUCACCGCCCCCACCGCUCUGAGGGCCAUUCGAAAGGAAGACCCUGAGGACAAAUAUUUCAAGGAGCACGGGGAGAAGGGCCGAUUGAGACAUUGGCGUGGGUUGUUCCUUGCGGGCGAGAGGUCAGAGCCUUCCAUCGUCGUACAUUAUCAGGACCUGUUGGGCAAAUACGCCGCUCCAGAUGCGCGGGUCAUUGACCAUUGGUGGUCGAGCGAGUCAGGCAGUCCCAUGACAGGUCUUGCGUUGCGUCCAGCCAUUGGACUCGACCCCACGAGCGGUGAAGAGCACAAGGCUCUGGGGAUCAAGCCGGGCAGCGCCGGGAAACCCAUGCCCGGCUUUGAUGUCCGCAUCGUGGACGAUGAAGGCCACGAAGUGGAGCAAGGAAAGAUGGGUAACAUUGUCCUUGCCAUGCCCCUGGCGCCAACAGGUUUCACCACACUGUUCAACGAUGAUGCCCGAUUCUACAAGGGCUACCUGAAGCGCUUCAAUGGCAAAUGGCUGGACACCGGCGAUGCCGGGAUGAUCGAUUUGGAUGGAUAUGUUCAUGUCAUGAGCCGAAGCGACGAUAUCAUCAAUGUCGCAGCACAUCGGUUUAGCACAGGUGCCAUCGAACAAGCCAUCACCUCGCACCCGGGCGUGGCCGAGGCCUGUGUCGUCGGCAUUCCUGAUCCGAUGAAGGGUCACUUACCAUUCGCGUUCGUGAUCCCGUCGGCCGCGACGCCCUCUGAUCUGCCAGCGACGCCUUCGAAAGAAUUCUUCGACGGCAUCAACCAGAUCGUGCGCACACAGAUAGGCGCCAUCGCGUCGUUGGGGGGUAUCGUGCAGGGCAAGGGAAUGAUCCCCAAGACUCGGAGUGGCAAGACACUUAGGAGAGUGUUGAGAGAGCUGGUCGAGAAUGCUGUAGAGGGCAACUAUGACAAGGAAGUCAAUGUCCCGGCAACGGUCGAGGACAAAGAGGUCGUCGAGGCCGCCAGGCAGAAGAUCCAGGAAUGGUUUGAGGAGAGGAAGAAACAACAGGGUCCGAAUAAAACGAAAUUGUGA